AUUUGACAUAACCUAAUUAAGACGAUGGAAUUUCCUGAAGUGGGGACCCAUUGUGGAUUUGUAACGUGUGGUUGCCUCGAUUUUUUACCAUUCACGUGUUCUUUCUGUAAAGUUGUAUUUUGCAAGGAACAUAUACAGCCAGCUCAGCAUUCUUGCUCAAGUUGUCACGAUAACGUUACUCCUUCGUCAUCGACACUGCUGCUCUCCGUGAAUGAGAAACCAUUGAAUUAUCUGUGUGGUUUCCCAUCAUGUCGAGAAACUUCAUCGAUAGAAAUGCAAUGCGAGAAAUGCCAUUCGCAUUUCUGCAUAUCUCAUAGGUAUCACCAGUGUUAUGAAAUUAAUCCAGACGCAAGACUGAAGGAACUCCGCAAAUGGCAAGUGCCGAAAGAGGAAUAUGCUAAGGCAAAGGCAAUUGUGGAUCGCGAGAUUACGAAUAGAUUAAAGAAAUCAAAAAAUAUGGCGACCGCAAAUAAGGUGCAGUUAAUGCGAAUAAAGGGAAAAGCAACAGGCAAUAGCAAGAUACCGACCAGUGAUAGGCGUUAUUUUCUCGCAUAUCCACCCAUUAAUGGACUAAUCCCAAAAAAUGUGGAACGACCUAAAGCUGUGUUUGUUGACAUUCACUGGACUUUAGGAAGAACUGUGGAUUUUUUGGUUAAAAGUUUAAAGUUACAUAAUAUCGAAUCGUCGAAUACAGAAAAAUUACAAAUAUUUCAUCACAAUACCGGCCAUCCCGUUUGUGAACGAUUAGAUGUAACACUAGUGGAACUCUUUGAAAACAAUGAUCUCAUUGAUGGCGAAACUAUAAUACUGGAAUAUUCAAAUGGUGAACCAGUAGAUGUUACUUUGUAUGAAUAAUAGUAUUCUGAAGUUUUAAGAUUAAAUACGACAACAUUUUGUGGAAAAUAAAUCAGGAUGGAAACUUCUCACGGGCUUCAGGUUUCUUUCGUAGAAGUGUAAGGAAAAUGUGAAAUAAUGUCAAAUUACCCUGUUCCAAUGUGAAAAAAUAGUUUUUAAACGUAGUAAAAUAUGUUAAUCAUCUCAGGUUA